AUGGGAGAAGAAAGAGAGAAUCCACAGAAGCUCAAGAGAAUAGCGGCGGCUGCUUAUGAUUACGAGAACGAUCCAAGAUGGGCUGAUUACUGGUCCAACAUCCUCAUCCCUCCUCACUUGUCUUCUUCCGCUGAUGUUAUCGAUCACUUCAAGCGCAAGUUCUACCAACGUUACAUCGAUCCUGACCUAGUGGUGGAGGCUAUGUCUACAAAUGGUUCAUCUCAGUCAACUAAGCCAUCUGCAUCAUCCUCCUCAUCACCACCCCCUUCAAAUGACCAGCCUCGACCACGCAAUACAGGGUCAACUAGUAGAACCUCUGGACCAUCAGCAACUGCAGGUCAAAAUCCAACCUCUGUCCGCUGGGAUCGACAAACCAUACAAUUUUCUGUCAAUGCUUGGGUUUUUGUUGUGGCUGUGCUUGCAAUCAUUCCCCUUGUACCUAAAAAUCUUUCAAUUAGGGCAUAUCGGCUGUCAUUUAUGGGCACUGCAUGCUCAUCUCUGUAUUCCUUAUACACGCUAUAUGGGAGACCCAGAGCAUGGAACUUGCAGGAUAUUCAAGUUUACUUGCAGUCAAUAAUUGCGACCAAAGAUUUUAUCUACUUUAUCUACUGCCUUACAUUUGUCACCUCCAAUCUUUGCCUCAAAUUUGCCUUAAUUCCCAUUUUGUGCCGAUCACUGGAGCAUGUUGCCAAAUUCUUAAGGCGUAAUUUCAACCGUUCCACCUUGUACAGGAAGUACCUUGAAGACCCUUGUGUAUGGGUGGAGUCCAACACAACUACCCUCAGCAUCCUAUCUUCUCAUGCCGAAAUUGGACUUGGCUUCCUCUUAGUUGUCUCCUUGUUCUCGUGGCAACGCAACAUAAUACAAACAUUCAUGUACUGGCAGCUAUUGAAGCUCAUGUAUCAUGCCCCUGUGACUGCUGCUUACCAUCAUAGCGUGUGGACUAAGAUUGGAAGGACCAUCAAUCCACUAGUGCAUCGUUACUGCCCAUUCUUGAACACUCCACUUUCUGCAGUUCAAAGAUGGUGGUUUAGGUAA